UCUUGUUUUAUUUACCAAAUCAACACCCAAUUCCAAAGCAAACUUUCCGCUCUUUCUUCAUCUCUGAUCUAUGAAGGAGGAAUCCAAUUCCCAAAAUUUGGAGAAGGAAAUGGAAUUCAAUUCCUCCUCUCCAAGAACCAUCCCUGUAGUCUCCACAUUGACCAACCCCUUUGACAACAACAACUCCCUUGCUUGCGUCAACGGCCACACACGAAAGCCCAUAGCUUUAUGCCCUGGAAUGUACCAUUCACCAGUAACCAAUGCUCUGUGGGAAACAAGGUCCAAGACCUUUGAAAGACUUCUUGACCCACCUGAAGAUGCAACUCCACAGAGUGAAUUGUUGACUAAAACUCCAAAACAGAGCCGUACUAGAAUCUUGUAUGGUUUUUCUACUGAUUAUAUUUUAAGAGAGCAGUAUAGGGAUCCUUGGAAUGAGGUUAGGAUUGGUAAACUGCUUGAGGAUCUUGAUGCUUUGGCUGGCACCAUCUCUGUCAAGCACUGUUCCGACGAUGAUAGCACAACAAGGCCACUGCUGCUGGUGACUGCUUCUGUGGAUAAGAUUGUCCUGAAGAAGCCAAUUAGUGUUGACGUCGAUCUUAAAAUAGUUGGUUCUGCCAUAUGGGUUGGUCGGUCAUCAAUUGAUAUUCAACUGGAGGUCAUUCAGUCCACAAAAGAGGGCUCUGACACUUCAGACUCCGUAGCUUUGACAGCCAACUUCAUAUUUGUGGCCCGUGACUCUAAGACUGGGAAAGCUGCUCCAGUGAAUAGGCUGUCGCCUGAAACAGAGAAGGAAAGGUCACUUUUUGAAGAAGCUGAAGCAAGGAGCAAGCUCAGAAAGAGGAAGAGUGUAGAAAAAAAGAAGGAAAUUCAGAAUGGGGACGUAAAUAGACUUGAAGCAUUGUUGGCUGAGGGACGAAUCUUCUGUGACAUGCCAGCCUUAGCGGACAGAAACAGCAUUCUUCUAAGGGAUACAUGCCUUGAAAACUCUUUAAUUUGCCAGCCACAGCAAAGGAACAUACAUGGUCGAAUCUUUGGAGGGUUUUUGAUGCAUCGGGCUUUCGAGUUGGCUUUCUCAACUGCUUAUGCCUUUGCUGGAUUGGUUCCUUACUUUCUUGAAGUUGAUCAUGUUGAUUUCUUAAGACCUUCUCCAUCGUCCAUGCAAUCAAUUUGGAGUCAUAGUUUGCAUCAAGAAAAUUUGUUUGGUGAACAGGUUGAUGUUGGAGACUUCCUACGCAUCAAAUCCUGUGUUCUUUACACGGAACAUGAAAACUCAGAAAAGCCUCUGAUCAACAUUGAAGUUGUUGCCCAUGUUACCAGGCCUGAGUUGAGGUCCAGUGAGGUAUCGAAUACAUUUUACUUCACUUUCACUGCACGUCCAGAGGCAACAGCCACAAAUAAUGGAUUUAGGAUCCGGAAAGUGGUUCCUGCAACAGAGGAAGAAGCACGCCGUAUUUUAGAGCACAUGGAUGCAGAGUCCAUGCAAUCUGGCGAAGGCAAAAGCAAAUAGGAAUGUAUAUUACAAAUUAAAGACAAGCGAAGAUAUUUGGCAUAGCUCUAUAUCCACUCGACUGGUGUCCAGUUCCACGCAUUGGAGGGAUCAUCAAUCUCACUUGAUGUAAAAACUAGUCAAUCUUGGUGAGCCCACUCAUCCAUGAAUUCAUGAGUAUUACCAUGGAAAAAGAAUUCCUGAUAAAUUUAGUUUCCUUAUCACUAGGAUACGAAUUCCUGGGGUGAAAUUUAGUCACCUUUAUUUUAUAUAUUUUGAAAUACAUUUAUGUUUCAGUGCCUUUACUGGAAAAUAAAAAAUGCCCCCCUUCCUAAUUUAA